AUAUAUACUUUGUAAAAUAGGAUAAAGAUUAAUCAUUGAAAAUUAUUAUUCAACAUCGAAUGUGCGUAAAUGAAUAAUUUUAUUCAAACAAUUUCAGUUCCCCACAACUUAAAUGAUAAAUUUGUACGAUUUAUCGCGUUGAUUGCGAAAUGUGCAUACACCGAACGAUAUAAAAUAAAAUUGGCAAAAUCCCUCCUCUCUUUUGUUUCAUAGUUCGAUCAUUAUCCGUGAUCUGAUCCGAUUUUAUUUUCAUUUAUAGGAUAAUGUCGACCUUCGAUCAGAAUUUUUUCUUCGAUGAGGAUAUUCACGAGGUUCCUUCAAACCUUCAACCUUCGAGAACAUCUUUCGUGCGUUAUUUACCCCUUCUAUGCGUGAUUUGACGAAAAAAAANAAAAAAAAGAAAAGGAAGCAAUUCAAGUCGUAAAUUAUCAAUCUCGAUUGGUUUGGAAAUUGCCGAUAAAUUAUUUAUCGGCGAGUUGUAGCAAAUAAAUAAAUAUAUUUUAUUCCGGGUAAAACUUCAUGUCGUAUCUCGAUCGAUCGCGACAUCACGUUCGAUGAAAUGAUACGAUUAAUUAACCUCGAAUUAAUUAACGUCGUUAUAUCAUUGAUAUAACCUUUUUUUUUUUUUCUUUUUUUCGUUUCGGGGGGAAACGACAAAAAAAAUGGGAGAUCCGGUUAAGGGGAAAACGUUGUUCGUGAGAAUGUGCUCGAUGUGUCAUACCGUUGGUAAAAAUGAGAAACACAGGGUAGGUCCGAAUCUUUUUGGAAUAUUUGGCAAAACGUGUGGAACCUCGGCCGGAUUCAAUUACACCGACGCGAUGAAGAACAAAAACAUCGUGUGGAACGAGACCACGCUGGACGAAUAUUUACGUUUACCGAAAGAUUUUGUUCCCGGCACGAGGAUGGUGUUCAACGGUAUUAAAAAAGCUGACGAGCGUAAGGACGUGAUCGCUUAUUUAGCAACGUUGAAGUGAACAUUUUUGUAAAAUUGUCUUAUAUCUCCUGUUGUGAAAUAUAUUGUACAGUGGUGUUUCGAAACAACGUAUAUACGUAACAGCAGUUGCGGAGUGAAUAAAAUAAAUCGAGGAAAUUUUUUAAAAUCCACUCUUUACCGAAUAUUUUUUAUUAUUAUUAUUUUAUUUUUAUUAAUAGAGUUUUUAGUC